CCAAAAGAGCAAGAAAAAACUAAAAUAAGAACAAAAAUAUUAUACAAGAGAGAAGAAAAAGACAGAGUAGCUAUACUUCUAGCUCAUCAAGAAGAAAAGAAGAAAGCAAAUUUAUAUAAAUCAAGAAGAGUCCAAUUG